AGAAGAAGGGAAGGCGUGGGACUUGGUGGGAGUCAAAAGCGAAGUCGUCCAAAGCUCCCAACUUUGACUUUUCCUUGUUUGGUCAGCCAAGAAUGCGCAUUGGGCUUUGGCUUGGAUUGAAGUUUGAACGUGCGUUUCAAUUUCCCAACACGCCAUCUCGUCCCUUUUUCGCCGUCUUCUGAUUGCCCAAGUUCAUCUUCUUCUUCUUCUUCUUCUUCUUCUUCAAGAAACCUUCGUACGCUUCCAUCGCCAUAGCCAUCGCAACCACAGGCCUCUCUCUGGGUAACGAACUGCAUUUGGAGAGCUUGGUCAGUGGGGUUUUAGUCUCGGGAGGCCUUUGCAAGAUGGUGCAGCUCAAGGAAUUCCGAAUUGUCAUGCCAAUAUCACUAGAAGAAUAUCAGAUAGCUCAGAUGUAUACGGUCACGAAGAUGCAACUUCAGAGCAGAACAGAUACCGAGGGGGUGGAUAUUUUGGAGAGUAGACCCUUUGAAGACAGCGAAUUCGGAAAAGGUCAUUACACUUCUAAAGUCUAUCGCUUGCAGAGCAAAGUUCCCGCUUGGUUGACUACUUUUGCACCAGCGGAUGCUCUAAUCAUCCAAGAGGAAGCUUGGAAUGCUUACCCAAGAUGUAAAACAGUACUCAAGUGUCCAUACUUUACAAAGUUUAGUCUAACUAUUGACACCAUCCACAAGGCUGACAACGGGCAAUCAGAAAAUGUUCAUGGCCUAAGUGAAGAACGACUAGCAACCCGGCAGGUGGAAAUCAUCGAUAUAGCUUCCGCUACGACAGAUUAUUGGAGUUAUGCAAUUGCAAGAAGUGAUGUGGACUUCUCGAAAUUCAAGUCAGUCAGAACUGGACGUGGUCCUCUUUCAGAAGGUUGGCAGAGCAAGUGCAAUCCAGUUAUGACAGCAUAUAAAUUGGUGACUAUUGAUGCACCGUAUUGGGGUUUUGGUUACCGACUUGAACAAGCUAUGCUCUCGGGUGAAAGAGCUCUUUUUAUAGAAAGUCAUCGCAACUGUUUUAGCUGGAUUGACGAUUGGUUCGGAUUGACCAUUCAGAAAGUACGUGAACUUGAACGCUGUUUGCUACCCGAGAGAAUUGCCAACCCGACUACACCGAAGAGCAUCGAGGAGCAUGAAAUGAGAUUUCCAAUCAACAGUGAAGACAUUCAUAGCGAGAGGCCUCAGCUAAAAUCGGACCGGCGACCCAUUCCUGUGGAACAAGAAUCUUAAGCUGUCGAGUGUGUUAGCCUGUUAUUAGGUCUACUGGUGAUGUAUUCAGCCCUGCAGAUGCGAGGAAGGAGCAUGGUUCAUACAUGCAUUGUCCAGAUUAAAUUCCUUGUGUGUAUGUGAAACCUCUAUUCUUUCACUUAAAACUUUAUAGGAAAAUGUCUAAAUUAUUUCAAAUACAAAAUCCUCCGGUUGUUUUCUGAAAGCACGCAGAAAAACAACCGGGUUUAUGA